AUGUUUAUUCGGGAAUUCGUAUAAGCGUAGCUGAAAAUCGUAUAUAUAUUUACACAAUAGACGAAGAGUUAGGACAUGAAUUACUUAGCUUGCCUCAAGUAAGACCUUAUAGACAUUUAAUAGUAAUUCAACAAGUUGAUUUGGCCUUAA